AUCAACUGGGCAGAUGUCGUUUUUUAUCAUUAUUUUUAACAACAUGGAAACCCAUGAUGUUACAUAGUAGAUGAAUGUCUUAACUGAACUGAAAUUUCCUCCAUAUCCUUCUACAUACUUCCAUAUCCCUCACCCAUUCUAUUCCUCCCCGUAUCUCGACCCGUAUCAUAAUGGCGGACAAGGAGGCCACAGUUUACAUUGUUGACCUUGGGUCCUCCAUGGGAGACUCUCACAAUGGAAGAAUCGAAUCCGAUCUUGAUUGGGGCAUGCACUAUGUAUGGGACAAAAUUACUACGACUGUUGCUGCGUCACGAAAGACAUGGACCGUUGGAGUGGUUGGCGUAAGGACCGACGAGACUAGCAACCCCUUGCAGGACCAGCAAGGAGACGGUUAUGAGAAUAUCUCGAUUCUACAAGAACUCGGCCCCAUGAACUUGACCAGCCUGCGCAGCCUGCAAAGCCUCAUCAAACCUAGCGACACUGAAUCCGGCGACUCUAUAUCAGCUAUAGUACUAGCUGUUGAUAUGAUCGAGAGAUUCACUAAGAAGCUGAAAUACAAGCGCAAAAUUAUCCUAGUUACAGAUGGAGAGGGGUCUGUUGAUCCCGAUGAUUUCGAUGACAUCGCAGGGAAGAUCAAAGACUGCGGAAUCGAGCUUGUAGUCUUGGGUGUGGAUUUUGAUGACGUGGAAUUCGGCUUCAAGGAAGAAGACAAGUCAACCCAAAAGAGGACCAACGAGAAACUCCUGAAGGAGCUUGUCGAUAAAUGCGGUGGGUUAUAUGGCACAAUGGCAGACGCCAUCUCUGAACUUGAGAUGCCAAGAAUAAAACCCGUCAAGCCAUAUAAGUCGUAUGACGGGGAGCUCACCCUUGGGAAUCCUGCAGCACAUAAAGAUGCUAUGAGCAUCAGCGUAGAACGGUAUUUUAAGACACACAAGGCGACGAUACCACCUGCCAGUCGCGUAGUUCUCUCAACUGAUCCGGGUCCCUCUCAGGCCGCCGGAAGCGAUGAGAUGGAAGGCGUGGAACGUACCGGCGCAUUCGCGGCCGUGAAAAAUGCUAGGACGUAUAAAGUCAAUGAUCCUGAAGCACCAGGAGGGAAGCGAGACGUCGAAUUCGAAUCAUUGGCGAAGGGAUACGAGUACGGAAGAACGGCCGUUCAUAUUAGCGAGUCGGAGUACAACAUUACGAAGAUCGAGACUACGAAAUGUUUUACAAUCUUGGGCUUCAUACAUCAAGAGAAGUAUGAUCCGUUCUUCAACAUGGGAGAAACAUGCCAGACGGUCGCUCAGAAAUUAAACGACGCAGCCGCGCUUAAACUCUCUUCGUUCAUUCACUCCCUCCAGGAGCUUGAGUCUUAUGCAGUGGCCCGGAUCGUCACGAAAGAUGGAAAGGAGCCCUCUCUAAUCCUGCUUGCUCCUCACAUCGAACCUGAUUUUGAAUGUUUAUACGAUGUUCCGUUGCCUUUCGCAGAAGACGUUAGAAACUAUCAGUUCCCUCCCCUUGAUAAGGUGAUUACAGUCACUGGUAAUAUAAAAUACGAAGACCAUCGCCUUCUACCUAGUAAAGAUCUCUCGGAAGCCAUGGACGACUACGUCGACGCCAUGGACAUAUCUACCUGGGCAAAGGAUGAAGAAGGUAAUCGCAGUUCAGAAUACGCCGCAAUCGAAGAUGUAUUUUGUCCUCCGCUUCAUCGUGUUAAUCAAGUUGUUCGACACCGUGCGAUUUAUCCAGACCAGCCACUUCCUCCAGUCGCCCCAAUAUUACUCAAAUAUUCGAACCCACCAGAGGACCUGAUCGUCAAAGCUAAAUCAAGACUUGCGGACCUAAUAGCUGAAGCUGAUGUCAAAAGAGUACCUCCCAAAGCCAAGAGCAGGAGAGAGAAGGGUAAUAAACCGGAGCCAAUUUCAGGUCUUGACGUCGAUGCUCUCCUCAACCAGCCUCAAAACAAGCGCCAUAAGAUCGACCCAAAGAACGCCAUCCCCGAGUUCAAGCAGAUGGUAGAGUAUGCUAGCGAAGAGUCCGAGAUUGAAGGCGCGUCGAAGCAGAUGGGUAGUAUCAUCCGCUCACUCAUCUCAAACAGUCUCGGAGACAGUGGAUAUGACCGGGCUGUAGAAAAUCUUGCCGUGUUCAGGGACACGAUGGUGAAAUGGGAGAUGCCAGCUAUAUAUAACUCAUUCUUAAGAGAUUUGAAGAAGCGCCUGCUUUCUGGCGAGUUGGGUGGCGAUAGAAGGGAGUUAUGGUGGCAGAUGAAAGGAGCCAGAUCCGCACUAGGUCUCAUCGACCAGAAUAUAUCCGAACCUUCUAAGGUAACCCCUGAGGAGGCAAUGGAGUUCUUUAGGAAGUAAUUUUCGUUAUGACGCCUCAAUCCCACACCUGGGCGAGAAAUUCGCCAAUCCCAAUCUAUUGCUCACGAAAAGGGAUCUCAAGCUCUGCUACUCUCUAUGUCUUGCUCAGAACAGUGUAAUGUAUUGGUUUCUCACGAUCCUUCCUUAGGUACGAGAUACUCUAUUACGAUUGUGAAUUAGUAAGUAAUAAGAUUACCACAAGAAAAUUCACUUUAAUGUAAGGAGAUACCUAGAUUAGAUGAUAAGACCACAUGAUGUCUACCUACGUUAGCCUCUUACACUCGCUCCUUGGGACC